UGAGCUCUCUUCCAAGCCCCAGUACAAGUCUACAACACACAACAAAAGAGAUUAUACUACUAUAUAUUUGUGGGUAUUAGCAUUAGAACAAACUUAUUAGUAAGUUAUUGGUUAUAAUAAUGGAGGAAAAUUUGGCCACGCUAGGGGGGUCUUUGCCAGUGCCAAGUGUUCAAGAACUGGCCAAAGACUCACCGGAAAAUGUCCCGGCACGUUACCUGAGAGAUGAUCAAGAACUUACUCUGAUCAAAUCAUCCAUCUCUGAUGAUAAUAUCCCAAUAAUCAACAUGGAAACCUUGCUUCUUGGAGAUGAAUUCGAGUUGAAGAAGCUCGAUUCUGCUUGCAGAGAAUGGGGAUUUUUCCAGCUGAUAAAUCAUGGAGUGAGUAGUUCAUUGGUUGAGAAAGUGAAGAAGGAUACUCAAGAUUUCUUCAACCUCCCGCUGGAAGAAAAGAAAAAAUUGAAGCAAGUGGAUGGAGAUAUGGAUGGUUAUGGACAAGCUUUUGUUGUUUGUGAGGAUCAGAAACUUGACUGGGGAGACAUGUUUUUCUUGACAACCCUCCCUCCUUAUUUCAGAAAACAACAUAUCUUCUCCCACCUACCUCAACCAUUCAGAGGAACAGUGGAAUUAUAUGCAGCUGAGUUGCAAACAUUGGCUUUAAAGAUCAUUAAUUUUCUGGCAAAAGCAUUGAAUAUAGAUCAAGAAUACAUUAGGGAACUGUUUGGAGAAGGGAUGCAAUCAAUGAGGAUGAACUACUAUCCACCAUGUCCACAACCAGAGAAAGUGAUGGGACUCACUCCUCAUUCGGAUGCUGUUGGCCUCACUAUUCUCCUUCAACUUAACCAAAUGGAAGGACUUCAAAUCAAGAAAGAUGGGAUGUGGAUUCCUGUUAGUCCUCUUCCCAAUGCAUUCAUUAUCAACAUUGGUGAUAUCUUGGAGAUAGUGACUAAUGGAGCCUACCGUAGCAUUGAGCAUAGAGCAAUGGUUAACAACGAAAAGGAAAGACUCUCAAUUGCAACAUUUUACAACACAAAACUUGAUGGACAAAUUGGUCCUGCUCCAAGUAUCAUUUCUGCUAAAAAUCCGGCAAAGUUUAGAAGUAUUGGAGCUGCAGAUUAUUUCAGAGGUUUAUUUGCUCGCAAACUUGAUAAGAAAUCAUACUUAGAUGUUUUAAGAAUUGAAAAUUCUGAGAAUCUAGCAAGUUGAAACUCGGACAGUAUUGGCCAAAGCUACUUAUGAAUUCUUUCAAGUAAUUAUCCAAUAUGAUUAAAUACUUGUGGAUUUUUCUUGUAGUAGUUGUUAUUAUCUGUUAAUAUUCUUAAGAAGUUGU